CGUCGUAUUCCAACGCAAACCGUGAAGAAGGAACGCGGUCUGUGCGGUUCUUCGUUCUCCCGUAGUCCUCCGGGUAGUUCAGCGUGUGUGCGCGCGCGUGUGUGUGUGUGGGGUUUUUGUUCGAAGUUUUCUAUCUAUUUUUCGCCAAGUGAAAGGUCUUAACCAGCAGCAACAUGUAUCACCUGAAGACGAUCGCUAAGAAUGCCACCAUCAAGCAGGAGGUGGCCACGCUGGUGAAGGCUGUUGCCGCCGUCCAGCAGCCGAUGGUCGCGAUGAACCAGCAGCAACCGAAGCGCACGUAUGCCGAGCACCAGAUCCCGGAGCGCCUGAAGGAUGUGUCGACCGCGGCCAACCCGCGCUUCUUCGACAUGGUCGAGUACUUCUUCCACCGGGCCUGCCAGAUCUGCGAGGACAAGCUGGUCGAGGACAUGAAGGGCCGCGCCUCCAUGGACGAGAAGAAGAAGAAGGUGAAGGGUAUUCUGAUGCUGAUGCAGCCGUGCGAUCAUAUCAUCGAGAUUGCAUUCCCACUGCGGCGCGAUUCCGGCGACUACGAGAUGAUCACCGGCUACCGUGCCCAGCACUGCACCCACCGUACUCCGACCAAGGGCGGUAUUCGUUUCUCGCUGGACGUAUCACGCGAUGAAGUGAAAGCCCUGUCCGCGCUGAUGACGUUCAAGUGCGCCUGUGUCGAUGUACCGUUCGGUGGCGCAAAGGCCGGCGUCAAGAUCGAUCCACGUAAGUACUCCGAGCAUGAGCUGGAGAAGAUUACCCGCCGUUUCGCGCUGGAACUGUCGAAGAAGGGUUUCAUUGGCCCGGGCAUCGAUGUGCCGGCCCCGGACAUGGGAACGGGUGAGCGUGAGAUGUCGUGGAUUGCCGAUACGUACGCCAAGACCAUCGGUCACCUGGACAUUAACGCGCACGCCUGCGUUACCGGCAAACCGAUCAAUCAGGGCGGUAUUCACGGACGUGUAUCCGCUACGGGUCGUGGUGUGUUCCACGGACUGGACAACUUCAUCAAGGAAGCGAACUACAUGGCUCAGAUCGGUACGACCCCCGGCUGGGGCGGCAAGACGUUCAUCGUCCAGGGCUUUGGUAAUGUCGGUCUGCACUCGUGCCGUUAUCUGACGCGUGCCGGAGCCACCUGCAUCGGUGUCAUUGAGCACGACGGAUCGAUCUUCAACCCGCAAGGUAUCGAUCCCAAGGCGCUGGAAGAUUACAAGAAUGAAAAGGGCACGAUCGUUGGCUACCCUGGUGCUCAGCCGUACGAGGGCGAAAACCUGAUGUACGAACAGUGCGAUAUCUUCAUUCCGGCUGCCGUCGAGAAGGUGAUCACUGCUGACAAUGCUGGACGAAUUAAUGCCAAGAUCAUUGCUGAAGCUGCCAACGGACCGACCACGCCUGCCGCCGACAAGAUCCUGAUCGAUCGCAACAUCCUCGUGAUUCCGGAUCUGUACAUCAACGCUGGUGGUGUGACGGUGUCGUUCUUCGAAUGGCUCAAGAACCUGAACCACGUCUCUUACGGUCGUCUGACGUUCAAGUACGAGCGUGAAUCGAACUACCAUCUGCUCGCCUCCAUUCAGCAAUCGUUGGAACGAUUCGUAUUUAGCGACGAAGAGAAAUCGGUACAGGCCUCGCUGGAACGUCGUUUCGGUAACGUCGGUGGCAAGAUCCCGGUAACGCCCUCGGAAGCAUUCCAGAAGCGCAUCUCGGGUGCCUCGGAAAAGGACAUCGUGCACUCCGGUUUGGAUUAUACGAUGGAGCGUUCAGCGCGCGCCAUCAUGAAGACGGCCAUGAAGUACAAUCUGGGCUUGGAUCUGCGCUCCGCCGCCUACGUCAACUCGAUCGAGAAGAUCUUCCAGACCUACCGUGAUGCCGGACUCGCCUUCUAAGCGCCACUCUUCCCCCGCAUGUCUGACCGAGCCAUCUCUCCACGCUCGAAUCGACCACCAACGCAAAUAGAAGCGCAUAGAGCAGUGAGCCAUGCAGAAACAAUUCGAUUUGAGACAACAACAGCCGCGCCAGCUAGCAGCAGCAGCAGCGAGUGAUGCGAAAAUUACCCGGACUAUCUAAUUCUACGCAGAUAUGCCUGCUAUCAGAUCGAAACGGAGGAACUCAGUUAAGCAGAACGUUAUUUCACGCAUUAGAAAUUUAAGGAUCCGUUUCCUUCCCUACCUCAUCGACGUGCCGAUGCGGAAUGCGCAAUGCAAGUGAUGACCCUCACCACACAAUCCUACCACACAUUCCAGUAACGAUUAGCAAAACCGUGAUGCCGUCUGUUGCAUCUCUCACACAUUCCAUUUUAGAUCUUAUGUUCGAUAGAAAAGUCGGUGACCCAUGGUGCUUUUGCUUAAUAUUAUGUACAUCUGCCCGCAGAUGAGGGCCUUCUUCUUUUGCGGCACCACUUCGAUAAGUUUUGUUUGCAUUUAUGUACUUACUACACUCAACAUCGUGCGAUGCAUUCCAACUUGACCAUGCAACGGUAUACCUGCGGUAGUAGUGCUACACGUUUGUCGCACGUGAUCGGUUUCGUACUGGGACGUCCAUUUGUACAACGCGAAAUGUAUACAUUCCUGCCCUCCCCUCCCCCUCCGACAGCUCGCCGGAGUCGACCGUGACGCCAGGAAAAUGAUCGGAAACCCGGGCCCAACUCAACAAACACGGCACACCAGUAUGUUUAGAUGUAGUGGUAAAAUUUUAACUAACAAUGCGCCCGUGCUAUGCUGUGCGGUACACGACUCCGGAAAGGGUUUCCAAUAGAUAAACAAAUGUAACCACCGGGCGCUGCCGUGUGGGCAUACCGAUGUACUACUGCUACUACUACCACUACACUCUACCACUGUGUUCUUAUCGAAGUAAAUUUUACAACUUCGCGCGCACUAUUCUAUCUACAUACACAGGCAAACAUUUAGCCCGCGUACCCCGGUUGGGAAUUGUAAGACCGGUGAACAAAUACUGCCGCCAAUGGCAAGCACUCAAACUAAGCAUAGCGAGCAAUCUUUAUCCCCAAAAAAAAAAACGUUUAACGGUACCAAUAGCUGACGCAACGCAAAACUGUACAACUUUCAAUAAA